AUGAAUGAACGCAGACGCAGUUUAAGUGUGGCAGUUCUGCGAGGUGCAGUGUACGCCAUGGGCGGUCACGAGUGUGAGCAUCGUGAAGAUCUCAGAACAGCUGAAAGAUACGACUGUAAGACAAACCAGUGGUCGUGGAUCGCUCCCAUGAACACAGGGCGAUCCAGUGCAAGUGCAGCUGUACUGAAUGACAAAAUAUACGUCGCUGGUGGAUCAUAUUAUAAGAAUUGUCUAAACUCGGUGGAAGUUUAUGACCCGGACACCGACCGAUGGACGUUCGUUGGACCAAUGCUCUCUGAACGUCGUAGUCUUUCUUGCGUCGCCUUCCAUGGCUUCCUGUACGCCCUGGGAGGACUCAACGAGACAUCAUCCCUGCUCAGUACCGAAAAGUACGACCCUACAGAAGACACGUGGACCGAAAUCCCUGGCAUGAACGUCUAUUCAGAUUAUUUAAAUGCAGAAGUGUUCGACGACACGAUCUUCGUCAUCAGUAGAUAUUUUGACAAGGGCCACUCCGAAUCCCGCGUCGCAUGUUUCGAUGACAAGGAAAAUCGAUGGUACCAGGCGGCAAACAUGAAUGUUAGGAGAUCCUUUCUGUCGACUUGUGUCAUCAAGAACCUACCGAACGCAAGAGAUUACGCCUACAAACACAGAGACAAAUUAAUGGAGGAGAAAUGCAAAGAAGCCAGAAACAUUGAGAAGACAAAACAAAAUGUCAUAGAAAAAUCUAAGUAA